GCCCAGCUCAUAGCUUGACACCUCUCUCCUCCACCUCAGCCUGGACCCACAUUGCUUCAACCAAAACAUGGCCAACUUCUCUAACCCAGCCAUGCCUUGCAACUUCAGGAAUCCAGCCAUGGCAAACACCUCUGAUUCUUACUUCACCAACAACAAUGAGCUGAGGAUCGUGAUGGUGGGGAAGACUGGAGUCGGGAAGAGCGCCUCAGGAAACACGAUUCUUGGCCGCCAGUGCUUUGAGUCCAAGUGCAGCCCCAAAUCUCUGACGGAGGACUGCUCCAAAGGUGAAGACACACUGUCUGGUCAGCAGGUGGCUGUAAUCGACACUCCAGGCCUGUCUGACACCAGGUUCGACAUGGAGAAGACCAUCAAGGCCAUUAGCCAGUGCUUCUCUUAUGCUUCUCCUGGACCACACAUCUUCCUGGUGGUCAUCAGGCUGACCAGGUUCACAGAGGAGGAGCAGCAGACGGUGCAAAGGAUCCAAGAAAUCUUUGGCCAGGCUGCAGACAAGUACUGUAUGGUUCUCUUUACAGGAGGAGAUGAUUUAGAUUCCACCAUCGAGGAGUUCCUGGCUGAAAGCCCAGAGCUGCAGGAACUGGUGUCCAGAUGUAACAACCAGUACCACGUCUUCAACAACAGGAACAAAGAUCCCUCUCAGGUCCAGGAGCUGCUGCAGAAGAUCAGAAAGGUGGUGCAGAAGAACGGAGGAAGCCACUACACCAACCAGAUGUUCCAGGAGGCUGAGAGGGCCAUCCAGGAGGAGAAGAGACGCAUCCUGGAGGAGAAAGAGGAGAAAAUACGAAAAGAAAGAGAAGAGAUGGAGAGGGAGCUGCAGGAGAAGUUUGAUAAAGAGAUGCAGAGAAUCAACCGAGAACUACAGGCUGAGAGAGAGAAGGAGAGGAAGGAGAGAGAGGAGGAGAGGAAGGAGAGAGAGGAGGAGAGGAAGAGGGAGAGGGAGGAGAUGAAGAGGGAGAGGGAGGAGAUGAAGAGGGAGAGGGAGAGGGAAAAGAUGGAGAGG